AGCGAUUACCGACCAAUCACAGGUCAUUAGGUUAAAGCUCUCUCAUUUGCCUAUGUUUACUUCAGAAGAGGUACUCAGUGGGCUUAAUACUAGUUUAGCAAUUUUUGGAACCAUCUUAGAUAUUGGAAUUACCACCGAGAAGAAAACCGGGUUUUUUAUGGGUAGCGGAUAUGCAGUACUUGACGUAUAUCAGCCCGAGAAUACUCCUCCAUCCAUGAGGUUUCAACAGCUAAGUCACCAGAUUAGUUGGAUGGAAUCAAGUACUGAAGUCUUCCGAGCCACUUGUAACAACAUGCCAAUGUGGUGCCGAUAUUGCCAUCAAGAUGGUCACACCAAAUUUACUUGUGAAACUUCUAGAGCUCGCAUUUUAUGUUACUCCUGCCAUGAACAAGGACACCGAUCUUACGAAUGUUCCCGAAAGAAUUCGACAAACAUCCCAAACAAGAAACAGGACAGAAAAACAGGCAAGUCUUUUGAACGUAAGAUCACCAACCGUGCGCAGUCAGCCGAGUCCCCAGCACCUAAGGAAGACCAACCUCAUGUCACUGCAAUGAAUAAUACUCCAGAGAAAGAACACUCAGAGAAAGAGGAUCCAAACGAAGAGGACAUGCACAUGGAUGACAGAGAAAUCCAAACCUAUGUUGACACUCUAGAAGGGUAUACUCCUGCCCAAAUUGAACAGGCUUUCGCGAAAGUGCAAGCAGCUAAUGAAAUUACCCCUUUCCAAGCCAAAGGAAAUGAUGGUAACUUAUCUAUUAGAGGAUGGCGUCUCACCAAAGAAGCUGCACGAGCAGAAGCAUUGAUUACAUGGUACAACAAUCAUGUCCAUGUUGAACAGCAGUCAAACUCACCCAGUAUUCAUCCCCAUAUUAUAUGCCACUAUGCUUCACUCAAUGCCAACAGUCUGGUUAAAUCCGGAUCACCUGAGACUCAAUCCAACUAUAUACGAUUUCUGAAAUCGAACAGAAAAUAUGAUACUAUAUGCUUCCAAGAGACUCAAGCUCGAACACCUGACCUUAUUCAAUCCUUAAACAUUCAUUUUCAACCACAGUAUUCACAUUGGACUAAACAUGUCGGUAUUGUCUCUUUAUCAACAAAUUUUAAAAUUACACUCAUUAACACAGACCAUGUUUAUAAUGAUGAUCGCUUUCAACUAUGUCGGAUUGAUCAUCCUCAACAAUUCUUUGACACCUUCUAUAUACUGAACAUAUAUGCUCCCGCACAAUUGAGAUCAACACGACGAGAAUUUUUCGAUAGGUUGACCACCAUGCUCUAUGAUCAACAAGAUUGAAUCGAUUUCAAUCGUCUGAUCAUAUCUGGGGACUUCAACUAUUCUCUGCUACGACCACAAAGCCUUACUAGCGCGACAUCGUCAGCAUGGCUUAAUUUGUUAGAUGUCCACUUUUCGAAUGCAAUGCAUAUGAAUGAUUUAACCGAAGUACCAACCUUCCAAAGAACACAACAGCAAUCGAUAGUGACUUCAGUGAUCGAUUAUAUAUAUUUGGGACAAUUUUUGCAGCCCCAGUUGAAAGACACUAGCAUCACUCGUCUGAAGGCAGCAUGGUCAGAUCAUUCGAUACUAGAUAUGACAUUGGUUGUGGGACAAUCACCAACGGGACCUGGAUUGUGGAGAGCAAACCCCGCCUACUCGAAUCAUCGUGAGUUACAACAACAAAUUCAUAAGAAAGUAUUCAAUUUACUA